ACAAGACAAAACAAAACACAAAUAAUUCAAAGGGAUCUUUAUGUAAAGGCACUACGAGCUAGUGGCGAUAAUGGAGCACGGCCCUACAUUCUUCUUCUUGCUUUCCACUCUCGUCCUCGCCGUUUCCGUUAAGUCUCCUCCGCCUCCUCUAUUUCCCGAUGAAGCUCUCCCCACUAAUUCCGGAUACCUUUCGGUUAAACCAGCCACAGACUCCUCCAUGUUUUAUGCCUUCUACGAAGCCCAAAAGCCGACCACACUUCUUCCCGACACUCCGCUCCUCGUUUGGCUCCAAGGUGGGCCAGGCUGCUCUUCCAUGAUUGGCAACUUCUACGAGCUUGGCCCGUGGCGCGUUAUGUCAAGCGCCACUGAGCUUGAACGCAACCCAGGCGCUUGGAACCGUCUUUUUGGGCUACUCUUUGUGGAUAACCCUAUAGGAGUCGGAUUCAGCAUCGCCUCCUCAAAACAAGACAUACCCACAAAUCAGAGACAGGUCGCUGAGCAUCUUUACGCUGCUCUCGUGGAGUUCCUUGAGCAAAACCCAGGCUUCGAAAACCGACCGGUUUACUUCACUGGCGAGAGCUACGCUGGUAAGUACGUCCCGGCCAUUGGAUACUAUAUCCUUAAAGAGAAACCCAAUGGGACAGUGAAUCUAAAGGGCCUAGCCAUUGGAAACGGGCUGACCGAUCCCGUGACCCAGGUCCAAACCCAUGCGGUCAACGUUUACUACUCGGGUCUGGUCAACGCAAAACAGAGAGUUGAAGUGGAGAAAGCGCAGGAGAUAUCCGUAGCUCUCGUGAAGUCACAGAAAUGGCGUGAAGCAGCAGACGCGAGGACCGAGCUGUUGACGCUACUAAGUAACAUGACAGGACUCGCGACGCUCUACAACACGGCACGUUCGAUUCCUUACAGAACAGACCUCGUGGUGGACCUUCUAAACCAGGGAGAGGCUAAGCGAGUUUUGGGAGUAAGCGAAACGAUGCGUUUUGAGGAUUGUAGUGAUGAAGUAGAAGAUGUGUUGCGGGAAGAUGUGAUGAAGAGCGUAAAGUUCAUGGUGGAGUACGCAUUAGAGAGGACUCAAGUGUUGCUGUACCAAGGAAUGCUUGAUUUAAGAGACGGUGUCGUUUCGACGGAAGAGUGGAUGAAGACUAUGAACUGGUCGGGGUUGGGGAUGUUCUCGACGGCGGAGAGGAGGGUGUGGAAGGAUGAAGACGGUGCGGUCGCUGGAUAUGUUCAAAGAUGGGGGAAUUUGUGCCACGUGGCGGUUUCAGGGGCUGGACAUUUUGUUCCGACAGAUGAAGCUGUUAAUUCAAGGGAUAUGAUUGAAGGCUGGGUUUUGGGGAAAGGAUUGUUCGGUGGUAAUGAAGAUAUGAAGCAGACAAUUUCGUCGAGCUUUUACAAUUCAAUCUAGAUAAAGGUUGUGUGUACUUGUACCAGUUCUGUGUUAGUCAAUAAGAUUCAGAUUCUAAU